AUGAAGAUAAUCAGCUGGAACUGUAGAGGGAUAGGGAACGACCUCACAGUUCGACGCCUUACGGAGAUGUGUCAGAAGCAUCGCCCAGGACUUGUGUUCCUUUCUGAGACGAAGAAUAGGAAGCCGUUGUUGCAAAACAUUCAGGCUGACCUAGGUUUUGAUCAUUUGUUUACCGUUGAGCCACUUGGCCUCAGCGGAGUCAUUGAUGGAAUAAAAGUCUAUAUGACGUUUGUUUAUGGGGAUCCUGUAUUGGAAAGACGGGAUCAUGUAUGGGAACGUCUUACGCGUUUCUCAACAAUAAGAACUGGCCCCUGGUUUAUGAUUGGAGAUUUUAACGAAAUUAUGGGUCAUAAUGAGAAAGAGGGAGGAAGACAACGUCCUGAUAGCUCCUUCCUGGCUUUUAAACAAAUGCUCAAUGAUUGUGGUAUGCUGGAGUUUCCUUUCACGGGGGACAUGCUUUCUUGGGUAGGAAAGAGAGCAGGAGGGACAACUGUCAGAUGUCGUUUAGACAGAGCUGUAGGAAAUGCGGACUCGCAUGAGAAAUUUCCGCAUACGGGGGUUAAGUAUAUGAGGUUAUGGGGAUCGGAUCAUCGUCCGAUUCUUGCAGACAUACUCACAAAGCCAACGAGGAGAAUAAAAAAGUUUAAGUUUGACAAAAGAUGGCUGGAUAAUGAGGAGUUAAGGCAAGUCAUUCUCGAGGGAUGGAAAUCACCUGAUCUCCCUCCUAAUGCGACUAUAAUGGAACACAUUUCGAGUUGCCGCAAAGCCUUGAGCGAAUGGAGGAGACAACAUAAUGUUAAUUCCGCGAAAUUGGUGGAGGAGCUUAAGGAGAAAGUGGAGGGCCUAUAUGCUGAUGAUAAUGCUACAACUGAAGUGAUUGCAGCAGCUCUGAAGGAACUAUCUGAUGCUCUUAAAGCAGAAGAAAUGUUCUGGAAACAGAAGAGUCGAGUGUUUUGGUUGCGUGAAGGGGACAGAAAUACAAAAUUCUUUCAUGCUUUGACGAAGCAAAGAAGGGCCCGGAACAAGAUAACGCAGCUCCGGGAUGUAAAUGGUAAUGUUGUAGAGGAUGAAGAAGGGUUAGUAGCCAUUGCUACAAGCUAUUUUAGACAGAUUUUUGAAUCGUCUAAUCCAGAGGAUAUUGAAGAAGCAUUGGUUCAGAUUCCUACGACGAUUACUGGAGCAAUGAAUGACAAUCUGACAUGCCCGGUCACUGAAUGGGAGAUCAAAGUAGCGCUUUUUGCCAUGCAUCCUGAGAAGGCUCCAGGCCCGGAUGGGAUGACUGCGCUUUUUUACCAGAAAUUCUGGGAUAUUGUGAAGGAUGAUUUAACUCAUAUGAGAUUGAAGAGAGUACUGCCAGGCUUGAUAUCAGAAACUCAAUCAGCUUUUGUGGUAGGAAGACAAAUCUCAGAUAAUAUUAUGAUAGCCCAAGAAAUGUUCCACGCCCUGAGAACCAAACCAAGUGGUCGAAACAAAAGAAUGGCUAUCAAGACGGACAUGAGUAAAGCAUACGACAUGAUGGAAUGGUCAUUUAUUGAGGCUGUCAUGCGAAAGAUGGGCUUCUCGGGAACAUGGAUCGCCUGGAUAAUGCGAUGCAUUACGUCGGUUAAGUACAAGCGAAUCAGUGCAAAUAGUAGGCAAGAGAUUAAAGAUGUACUUGGAAUCCAAAAUGAAGGAGGAAUGGGAAAUUACCUUGGUAUCCCGGAAGACAUAAGUGGGUCUAAGUGCAAGCUCUUUGUGUUUCUCAAGGAUAAGCUCAUGCAUAGAGUGAAUGGUUGGACAGGUAGGUGGCUAUCAAAAGGAGGCAAGGAAGUACUGAUUAAAUCUAUUUUGCUAGCGCUUCCAACUUAUGUAAUGUCUAUGUUCCUUCUCCCCUUGGAGAUAUGCGAAAACCUAGCAGCGGCUAUUGCUAAAUUUUGGUGGAGUUCAAAUCCACCGAAACGAGGAAUGCACUGGGCGAAAUGGGAAAAAAUCUGUCUACCAAGAGAGGAGGGUGGGAUUGGCUUUCGUUUGAUCCAUGAGUUUAAUCUGGCUCUUUUGGCGAAACAGCUAUGGAGGCUUGUCCAGUUCCCUGACUCUUUGGUAGCCCGGGUGUUGAAAGGAAGAUAUUAUAGGUUGUGCUCACCACUAAGUGUAAUCCCAGCUAGUAGCCCAUCAUAUGUGUGGACUAGUAUCUCGGCGGCAAGGGAGUUGUUGAUGAUGGGAAUCAGACAGAAGGUACACUCAGGAUAUGAAGUCAAGAUCUUGCAGGAUCCGUGGAUUCCAACGGUGCCGGCGAGAGCAGCUCACCCUGUGGCCCCAGUUAUGAACCCCAACAUGAGAGUGAGCGAUCUCAUUAAUCAGGAUUCGAAGGAUUGGGAUGUGAGUCUUUUGGAGAAAUACGUCAAUCGGGAUGACAUACCUCUUAUACGGAGCUUAGCCAUAAGCUCGGCCCACCGACGGGAUACAUUUUGCUGGAGCUACACAAGGAAUGGACAAUACACGGUCAAAUCUGGAUAUUGGGUGGCUCGGACUUUACUAAAGCCAGAGGAAGAAAAGGAAGUUGUGGAGCCAAGUAUUACUGAAAUUCAAGCCUUUGCUUGGAAGCUGAAGGCGCCGAAGAAGAUAUGUCAUCUUAUAUGGCAAUUGUUAACUGGUCAUGUGGCAGUAACAAGGAACUUAGUAAGACGCAAGAUGAGGUGUGAUAACUACUGUCCAAGAUGCGGAGAACCUGAAGAAUCAGUAACCCAUGCCAUUUUUGAGUGUCCACCAGCUAUGCAGGCCUGGUUAUUAUCAUCAACUCCAACAAGUCCGAAUUUGUUUCCAGUAUCAAGCGUCUACACGAACAUGGAUUAUCUAUUCUGGAGGAAAAGCAUCAUUGACCCAGAACAAGACAGGGAUCCUUAUCCGUGGAUAAUCUGGUACAUCUGGAAGGCCAGGAAUGAUAAACUCUUUAGAGGUAUAGACAGAGACCCAUUAGAGCUGGUUAGAUAUGCAGAAAGUGAAUGCCAAGCCUGGUUUGAUGCGAAUGAAGUGCCACAACUAGUGAUACAGGAAAGCAACACUGAGGAACCCCAAGUCUUAAGCUUGGGGAAUAUUUGCUUGCUAGAUGGAUCAUGGACAUCUACUGAUCACUUCAGUGGAUGUGGAUGGGUGUGGAUGGACAAUGGGAGCAACAUACAGCUUAUGGGGACAAGAAAUAUCAUUAGACGCGAAUCAGCCCUGCAUUCGGAACUUGAAGCACUGCGGUGGGCAAUGGAGAAUAUGCUCCAACACUCGACAUGCCAGAGUUUUGGGACAGACUGCAAGGACCUGAUCGCAAUGUUAAAAGAACCUCAUGCUUGGCCAAGCUUUGCGACGGAACUGGAGAGGAUAGAGACGCUUCAAAUAUGCUUCCCGGAAUUCAGCAUCAUUCAUGUUCCAAGAGCGCGCAAUCAGACUUCAGACUCUUUAGCUAAAACUGCGAGAUCCUUCCAUAGGGAGUUACUUUUUAUUGGUUGUUCUAUUCCGGUCUGGUUACCUAGACCACCUCUAGCUUGA